GCUACAUACAAUGGGCUGAUGUAGUGUUAGCUGGCUGGGGCUAGCUUGGACCUUCUUCGAUGAUGCACCGGAAAAACGGGUCACAUGACCACAGCAGUCUGAGGGACGAUUAGCAGACAGGGCAGAGGUCUGCAGGGGUCAUCGGCAGCACGGCGCUGAAUGUCUGUGACAGCUUCAUGGGCCUGAAGGACCAUCUGGAUGAUGGAACAGGCCACAUCUUUGACCUGGGACUGGAUCUGGACUACCUCCACGUGAAGGCCGUAGAUCGGCAGGCUGGUGCUGAUGCCGGUCCCAGGAUGGACAGGGGUUUGUCGGACGCUGCCGAGGACGCAGCCCCCUGCCCCAGAAAGCCCACACCCUUGCCCCAAGGUGACUCAGAGGAGAGUGCUGGGUCCGAUGCUGAGGUGGAGCGCGGAUGCAGUCUCGCCCCUAGAGAAGCGCUGAGUGAUGGACCUGCCCGAGCCAGCCAUCCGCCGCUCUGCAGGUCUCCAUGUCUGGAUCUGGAUUCCCUGGGACCACCUGAGGUAGCGACAGAAAAGCCGGGCCCUGCUGACGCCCUCAAGGAGUACCAGACCAAGGUGGAGUUUGCGCUAAAGCUUGGCUACGCUGAGGACUUGGUCCGACUGGUUCUGAGCAAACUCGGGCCGGAUGCGUUGAUCAACGACAUCCUGGGUGAGCUGGUGAAACUCGGCAGCAAGCCGGAGAGUGAUGGCAGCACUCAGACCUCGUCUAUUUCCACUUCUUCUUCCCUGGCAUCUUCUGGUUCAUCGUGUUCUUCAGCAUGUAGCUUUUCAGACUCAAUUGAUUCCCGCCGGUCUGAAUCUCCGUCUCUCCUGGAUGACAAGGAUAACUUACGACCCAUAGUGGUGGAUGGAAGCAAUGUAGCCAUGAGCCAUGGCAACAAGGAGGUGUUCUCCUGCCAGGGCAUUCAGCUGGCUGUAGACUGGUUCGUUGAACGUGGCCACAAAGACAUCACAGUGUUUGUGCCUGCCUGGAGGAAGGAGCAGUCCCGCCCGGACGCUCUCAUCACAGAUCAGGAGAUAUUGAGGAGACUUGAGAAGGACAAGAUCUUGGUUUUCACACCCUCCCGUCGGGUCCAGGGCCGCAGAGUAGUGUGCUACGAUGACAGGUUUAUUGUCAAGCUCGCUUACGAAUCAGAUGGCAUCAUCGUCUCCAAUGACAACUACAGGGACCUGGCUGUGGAGAAACCAGAGUGGAAGAAGUUUAUUGACGAACGGCUUCUUAUGUACUCGUUUGUUAACGAUAAGUUUAUGCCCCCUGAUGAUCCUCUGGGUCGCCAUGGCCCCAGUCUGGAGAACUUCCUGAGAAAAAGGCCCAUUAUCCCAGAACACAAGAAGCAGCCCUGUCCAUACGGAAAGAAGUGCACUUACGGGCACAAGUGCAAGUUCUACCACCCAGAGCGUGGCACACAGCCACAGCGCGCAGUGGCCGAUGAGCUCAGAGCCAGCGCCAAGACAUCUGCAGCCAAAGGCUCAGCCGAAUCAGGCCUGGUGAAGAGUCACAGCGUUCCCGGGGGCUCACGCUCAGAUAAAGCCGGCGACGGCAAACGUUCGCAUCCAAAGAGGCAGUCGGAACCUAGCACACGUGCUCUCUCCUACAGUGACGUGGAGGAAAAGCUGAGCUCCAAAGCCAAAGCGGAGCCGCCUCGGAGUGGCCUGUCAUUGCCCCCGGCGCAGGGUGGACCGUCGCCCUCCUGCCACAGUUACCCGCAAGACCCAAGGGAGCACGCUGCAUGUCCCUCCAAAAACCACAUGAUGCCCGCCUUCGCCCAGACUGAUUCUUUCCCUACCUGUGAGUCUCCGGACCUCAGCUACUACUCGAUGGUCCGCGCCUACUCCGGCCUCGGGCUGUCUGCCCAGCGCAGUCCGGAGCGCCACUUCCCGGCAGACAGCGACCCGCGGAUCAGCUCGGUGGCGUCGGACUGCAGCAGUGAAGGCAGUGCCAGCUCCGACUCGUACGGCACGGCGGCCCACGUCGAGCGCUCGUGCAUGAGCUCGCCCGAGUCGCUGCUGGAUGACGCGCUCAAGUGCCAUCAUCACCACCACCACCACCACCACCAUCCUCCACACCACCAUCCUCCACACCACCUAAGCCACCACCACCGCAGGCAAUACCCAACACCCCACCACCAGGGCCGCGUUCUCUCCCCGGCCCCUACGUCACACGCUGCCUACCGCCACGGCAUGGUCCGCGCGCACGGCUUCCCACAGGAUGACCCACUGCCGCCCCCUCCACCGGACAACAACUUUGAGCACCCGCUGCCCUACGUGGCCCCGCUGCCCCAGCACCAUAUGGUUGGUGUCAGGUCCAGCUGCCCUGGAGACUACCCUCUUGUGCCGCAGGGAAGCGCCCACCCUCAGAGCUCCCCCCUGGGCCGAGGCCUGGUGUCCACGCGCCUGGACAACGUGUCUGACUCCAGGCUGUACGAGCCUUCGCCACUGUUGCCCCGGAAGCCAUACCUGGGCCACGAUCGAGUGGCCAGCUGGGAUCAGUACUGCCGACAACCUCCGCAGCCCUGCUAUGAGCCCUUCACCUUCCAGAGCCUUCCAGAAAACCGUGAGCAGGCAUGGCGGGCACCGUGGGGCCGGGGCACCCUUCCUCCUCCCAAUCUUCCUUCUCCUCACCCGCCACACUCUCCCCACCCACUGCCUCACCCGCACCACGAGCCAGCGGCUCUCAGCCGCUACCAGGAGGUGCGGGAGAAGGUGUUCGUCAACCUGUGCAACAUCUUCCCCACUGAGCUCGUGCAGCUGGUCAUGGGGCGGUACCCUCAUGUGACCGACGCCCAGCAGCUGGCGGCUGCCAUCUUGGCCGAGAAGAGCCAGUCAGGUUACUGAGGGCCCUCUCGGUUUAUUUUAAUUGUAAUACAUGGAUUGUUUUCAUCUGACUUGCAUAUCCUGAGGAAUACUGACGCGUCUGCGGUGGGCGCUCCAGGUCGUGUCGAGUUAUGCAGUGCUUCUGUUUAGAAGUUCCAUAAAAGUUGGAAGGAAACCUGUAAUAACACCCACAGCAAAGGCAAACAGUUUCAGCCUUGGAUUACCCGUUUACCUGUUCAUCUGGCUAUGGAACCAGAACAGCUGUAGUAGCAAUUUAUCUACCUGAGAAGUGAGUGUGUGUACUGAUGUGUGUGGAUUAUUUAUUUUUUGUCUGUAUAUUUCCUGUAAGGUUUUGCUUUAUGUUGACAGUUAUGUUCAGGAGAGCAUGUACUGAUUCACAGGGCACUUUUUUUAUUGCUGUUUAUCAAAUUCUAAAAUGGUUUGGUAACUUAUGGCAAUCAAACAAAAGCUGAUGGAAGGCCAGAUUAUGUAUAGGCGUCUACUAUGAUGAUGUUAAUUAUAGCAGACACGAGGCUCAAAUACAGAUACCUGACAGAAGGAAUCCACCAAAUCCAGUGUAGGUGUAGGGCAGGACCCUAUCUUCUUCCUUCAUGGCAAUGAAAAUCAGUUUGUUGCCCUAGCAAUCUUGAAGUUGUUAAAGAAAAUGGUAGCUGAUUUAACUGCAGAAACUUUAUAGUAACUUCCGUUUUCUUCGUCCAAACACAUUCCCACAUUUCUCUUGCCUUUCAUUGUCUUUGUGAUACAAUGCUUACUCUCACAUGAAAUUUUAUGCUAUUUAAUUUUUCAGUGUCCCUCAUAAUCCCCUUCCCCUUAACCAAUUUUUAUUCAAAUCAUGAAGGAUUGGUUCCUUGGGGACACGCACGAGUUUUUAGCCAAGUGAAGUAUUAUUUUACUGUGUAUUAUUUCAUUAGUGUAGUUGUGUUAAAUUAUUAUGAUUUGCUGUUUCCUACAGGUUUUCUUUAAGCUUUUGCGGUUUUGUUCUGUUACACAGAUGUGUAUAUUCAUGUGUGGCUGUGACUGUGUGCUUGUCUGUAUGUACGGGAACUUGGGUGGAAAUUUGUCUCGUAAAUUUUAUGGUGUUAUAAGAUACAAUGGCAGAGCCUCCCAAAAGGGGUGUGUUAUAAGAAGUAGAAUUUUGGGAAACUUGGCCGUGAUCCGAUUGUAGCCACAGGUGUAGUGUAUUCAUGAUGGGUGCCACCAGCCCUGUCUGUGUACCUUAGUUUUAGUAAGGGACGUCUCUGGCUUCGCAUAUGGGUGCAUGCUACUAUCACUACUUGUCAUCUUCAUCCUAGUCCUCAACAAGCAGUCAAGAGGUGCUCCUGAUUGGGUAAAAGCUUUGCGAGGUCAUAUGCUCCAAAACUUCCUAUCCAGGUAUCGAGUCUUUUGAAGUCAUUUGUAUCUGUUCCUGAUGUGACCUUGUGGUAGCCAGAGAAUACCUGUCCUUGUUGAUACAAAUUGUAUCUUUUUAACUUAAAAUCAAAGACAUUUAUAUACAUAUAAUCUAUGGAAGAAAAUAUAUUCACACACAAAUAUGUACAAUAAGUAGUACUUGUGUAAUUUAAGAGAGAUUUUGGCAACAUUUUAUCAUUACUUCAAGGAAAAUGUUUGAAAUGUUUCUUUUUGUGGGCUAAGCAGAGCAUAAAAUGCAUCUUUUAAAAGGAAGUAGGGUAUUACAGUGA